CUCGUACUAGUACGAACGCGUCGCCCAUCCAUCGCUGAUUACCUUUUUUUCCCCCAAAUUAAAUCCAAAACCAAAUCCAAACCAAAAACAGGUUACGAUAUUUAGUCAAAUUUCCCCCAAUUUCUCUCUCCCUCUUCGAAUCCCAACGCAGUCAGAGAGGGAGACGUUGCUGGUGGUGUACGCCUCGUCGCUUUUAUUAGACGCCGCCGCUGUGGUGGUGUUUACUUCGUUCGUUUGGAUCCCACGCAGGCCAUCGCCAUGGGCGUCUCGGCUCUCCUCCGCCUGUAGAUCGUGUGGAUCGUGCUUACCUGCGAUGGAUAGGGCGAGCGAGAACCGGAGGCUGGCGGCGGUGGGGAAGCCCGUGCCGGGGAUCGGAGAGAUGGGGAACCGGAGGCCGCUCAGGGACAUCAACAACCUCGUCGGGGCGCCGCCGCACCCGUCCGCGAUCGCCAAGAAGCCGAUGCUAGAGAAGAGUGGGAAGGAAGAGCAGAAGCCUGCAUUGGUGGUGAGCCACCGGCCUAUGACGAGGAAUUUCGCGGCCUCCUUGACGCGAAAAGAACAGCUUGACCAUCAGGUUUCCGUGGCUGAUGCAGCGGUCGUCUGCACUGAUCCACAGAAGAACCCCAUCCCCGAUGGCACAGUUGACGACGAUGUGGAAUCGUGCGAAUCGAACGACUAUAUUGCCGUGGAUGAAUGCAAUGAUACUGAUGAGGAUGAGUCCAUGAUGGACAUUGACAGUGCCGACUCAGGGAAUCCGCUUGCAGCAACCGAGUACGUCGAAGAGUUGUACAAGUUCUAUAGAGAAAAUGAGGAAAUGAGUUGUGUGCAGCCUGAUUACAUGUCCAGUCAAGGAGACAUAAAUGAAAAGAUGAGAGCAAUUCUGAUUGAUUGGCUCAUUGAGGUCCAUCACAAGUUUGAGCUGAUGGAUGAGACUCUCUUUCUUACUGUUAACAUAGUAGACAGAUUCUUGGAAAAACAAGUUGUGCCAAGGAAGAAGUUGCAGCUAGUUGGAGUGACAGCUAUGCUCCUUGCUUGCAAAUAUGAGGAAGUCGCAGUCCCUGUCGUCGAGGAUCUAGUGCUAAUUUCUGACCGGGCUUAUACAAAAGGACAAAUUCUGGAAAUGGAAAAGUUGAUCCUAAACACACUCCAGUUCAACAUGUCUGUACCAACACCUUACGUUUUUAUGAGACGGUUUCUGAAGGCAGCUCAGUCUGACAAGCAGCUACAGCUACUUUCCUUUUUCAUUCUGGAGCUCUCCCUGGUGGAAUACCAAAUGCUCAAGUACCGACCUUCGCUUCUUGCUGCUGCUGCAGUUUACACAGCACAAUGUGCUCUCACUCGUUGCCAGCAGUGGACAAAGACCUGCGAACUACAUAGUAGAUAUACCGGAGAGCAGCUUCUUGAGUGUUCUAGGAUGAUGGUAGAUUUCCACCAGAAGGCGGGAGCAGGCAAGCUCACCGGCGUGCACCGGAAAUACAGUACGUUCAAGUUUGGGUGUGCAGCCAAAACGGAGCCUGCUCUCUUCUUGCUUGAGUCAGGAGCAGGAGGUUACAACCUUCAGAAGCAGCCUUGUUGAAUGAAUCUAUUCCCCUGGAUAGAUUUUUUUAACUUAGCUUCAGAACAACUACAGCAAGCAUGUUGAUGCUUCACAAAAGUGCAGCAGAUUUACCUUACUACAGCUCUUUUGUGGUAAUGUAAACUUGGUGUGAAUGAUGGAUAAUCUGGGUGGUGGUCAGUCCUUCAGUUAUACUGGGGGGCUAAUAAAUGAUUCAGGCAUUCAGCCUAUGUAAGCUGAAUCUCUUGUAAAUCUACAUGUGUUCAAGUAGCAUGAAGAAAAUAACUUGCAUGUUGAGACUUUCA